AUGCCCCGGUUCUCACGAAAUCCUGUCACCUCGUCUGGCCAUUCUUCGCCUCCGCCCUCUGCGCCAAAACCCAUCACUAUCAUCAACUGCUACUCACCAACAUCAACAGCUAAUGAAUUGGAAUUGGACGCGUUUUACGAGGAGUUGGAGGAAAUAAUCCGGAACGAGAAGUCCUUCUACAAAUUCGUUGUCGGAGACUUAAACGCAAAACUAGGAAAGGCCACAGAAGAGGAAUACAGGAUGGGAAGAUUUGGACUAGGAGACCGGAAUGAAAAUGGCAAUCGUCUCGCCGGGCUGUUGUCCGCCGCUCGCCUCUUUUAUGAGAACUCUCCUUUCAUGAAAAAAGAUCAUCGUCGGUGGACAUGGGAAUCGCCCAAUGGCGCGACUCGUGCGGAGAUCGACCACAUACUCACCAAACGGAGGUGGUGUCUACUUGACGUCUUAGUAGUGCCAUCUUUUUGUAGUGGUUCUGAUCAGCGUCUCCUUCGUGUGAAAAUGCGACUUAGCCACACGAUGGAAAAGAACAUCUGCUAUCAGCAGCGAAGGAAAAAAGACGUCGACUACGACGAUUGCGUACUCGAGAACUCCUUGUCCCAAGGUGACUGGCACAUCGAGGAGGACCCAAACGUGGACUACGAGAUGCUGCUCAGAGGAUUACGAGCCUGCGCUGAACGUGCCUCGAAGCCGCGCACGACAAACUUGGAUCGAAUUUCGAAGACCACCAAGGAAUUGUUAGGAAGAAGAAGGGCUUUGAGGUUUGAUCCGAAUGCAUCGCACAUUGAGCGGGAUCUCCGCGAAUAUAAUAUUCCGCUAGCAACCUUGCUCUGCGAAGACGGGACUCGCACGUCUUCUCGUCGUGAGAUGGAAAUCAUUACGGAGAGUUUCUACUCGAACCUUUUCCGUUCAUCAAAUCCUGUGCCAAGCCCGGUCAUCCCCACUGGUGAAGCUCCACCACGGAUUCUCCCUUCGGAAGUACGAGUCGCUAACGAGAGCAUGAAAUCUGGCACAGCCCCCGGUCCGAAGGAAGACUUUCUUCGGAAAGAAAGGAUCCCAGACCAGUGGAAGACCUCGCGAACCGUUCGUAUCCAUAAGAAAGGUGACCGAGAGGACCUUCGGAACUAUCGUCCGGUAUGCUUGCUGAGCGUGUUACACAAAGUAUUCACCAAGAUCAUCCUCACGCGCAAAUCUAGGACGCUGGAUGAAGCCCAGCCUCAAGAACAAGCUGGAUUCCGUCAGGGGCUCAGCUGA